AUGGGUGUAGACUGGCAGGGCGCCAAUCCGGUGCCAAUCUCCUUCAAGCCAAUCAGCGAGCCUUCCAUCGGCCACAAUAGUUACGAGGGCUUCCACCCAGGUCGUCAGGACUUACUCAAGAAAGGACACUGCAAGAAGCAGUGGGAUGACCAGGAUGGCAAGAAGCUAGAGUCAGACAUCAUCCGCGACAACGAUGUGGAGAUCCCCAUGCGAGACGGCGUCAAGCUCUAUGCCGACAUCUAUCGCCCUGCCGAUGCAAAGGGCAGGAUUCCAUGCAUCGUGGCUUAUGGUCCGUAUGGCAAGAAGUACAACAUGGCCGGUAUCGCCGUCCACCUGCCUUGGAAGCUCGGUCUCAGGCCAGACGACACUUCCGGAUACGAGACUUUCGAAAGCGUGGAUCCCAAGGAUUUCUGCGCGUGGGGAUACGCCGUCGCCAAUGUCGAUUCUCGAGGAACCGGUCACUCGGAAGGUUACAUCUGUAUCAUGGGCGAGCAAGAGGCACAGGACGGAUACGACGUGGUGGAAUUCCUCGGCCAUCAGGACUGGUGCAACGGCAAUGUUGGCAUGGCCGGCAAUUCCCAUUUGGCCAUCACACAAUACUUUAUCGCAGCCAAGAACCCGCCAUGUUUGAAGGCCAUUGCGCCAUGGGAAGGAUGCUCGGAUCUCGGCCGUGAGCAGUUCACCAGAGGCGGAAUCUUCUCCAUCUCCAACAACAACUUCAUCACCAAAUUCACUGUACGAGGACCGAACGGGUACGAAGAUUUCGAGGAAAUGUACUCGCGCUACCCUCUAUCAUCAGCAUACUGGGAAGACAAGCGUGCAGCCCUAGAGAAGAUCAAGUGCGCAGCUUUCAUCACCGGUACCGAUUUCGCCGCAAUGCACACCAUGGGCUCCAUCCGAGCCUACAUGCAGAUUGAUACCGAAAACAAAUGGAUCAAGUGGAAUGCAACGCAGGAGUGGUUCGAUCUCUGGGCCGUGGAAGAGUCUCGACUCGAGCUACGCAAGUUCUUCGACCGCUACCUCAAAGAGGAGAAGAACGAUUGGGAGCAAACUCCGAAGGUCAGAUGGUCGGUCCUGCAGUAUGGCGACAAACCUCCGGUCGAGAACAUCGAGCUACCCGACUUCCCUCAUCCCCAGACGAAAUUCACUACCUACUACCUCGGCGACAAGACCCUCUCAACUUCCUCGGUCAGCACUGAGUCUACGCACUCGUACAACUCGGAGGGAAGCGAGCGUAUCAAGUUCCAAACUACAUUUGACAAGAACACCACACUUCUUGGUCCUCCCAAGAUUUACCUCAACAUGUCCUGCAAUGAUCACGACGACAUGAAUGUAUACGUCCAGCUGCGCAAGCUAGACAAGAACGGACACCCACUGGUCCACGUCCAGAUUCCAAAAGAACGAUGGCAGAUCGAGAGCACCUACGAUCUCUCUGAAGGACAGACCAACAACGGUGCACUGUAUUUCAAGGGCAACGUCGGCAUGCUGCGAGCUUCGCAUCGCAAGAUCGAUCGCACCAAGACACUUCACGAUCACAUACCUUUCCACCCGCAUGAUGAAGAACAAAAGAUCCCCAAGGGUGAAGUCGUUGAGUUGGAGAUUGGAAUUUGGUCAGGUGCCACACAUUUCGAGGCUGGGGAGACACUUUCGGUGGAGAUCUUCGGUUACAUCUCGCUUAACCCGGAACUCGAAAAGUUCAACAGACCGAGACCGACUGAGCAGUUGAACCAUGGACAACACCACGUUCAUGUUGGCGGCAGAUACGAGAGCAGGAUAGUCCUGCCAAUCGUUGACUUGGGACUGUAG